AUGGAAUUCCCAAAAUUAACAAAUGAUUUAUUUAUUAGAUCAUGUAAAGGAGAAUUGGUUGAAAGAGUACCGGUAUGGAUAAUGAGACAAGCAGGUAGAUAUUUACCAGAGUUUAAAGAGGUUAGAGCAGAUACAGAUUUCUUUGGAGUAUGCAAGACACCAGAGUUGGCAUGCAAGGUGACAUUACAACCAAUUGAUAGAUACCCAGGAUUGGAUGCAUCGAUCAUUUUCAGUGACAUUUUGGUGGUACCACAAGCAAUGGGAUUGGAGGUACAAAUGAUCCCAGGUAAAGGUCCACACUUUCCACAGCCACUCAAGACUCCCGAAGAAAUGUCACGUCUCAUCUAUCCAGUAGAUGUACAUAGUUCACUCAAAUACGUAUUUGAAGCUAUUACAUUGACACGUCACAGACUUGGUGGACGAGUACCAUUGAUUGGAUUUACUGGUGCACCAUGGACAUUGAUGGCAUACUGUAUCGAAGGUGGAGGUAUUUCAGGUGGCAACUUGAAUGCUGCCAAAGGUUGGUUAUACAAUCACAAGGAAGCAUCACACAAACUCUUGCGCAUGUUGACCGACGUUUGCAUAGACUAUCUCGUUGGACAAAUUGAAGCUGGUGCUCAAGCCAUUCAAGUAUUUGACUCUUGGGCCGGAGAAUUAUCACCACAUCUCUUUUACGAGUUUGCUCAACCCUAUCUAUUAGAGAUUGCCGAAAAGGUCCGUGCCAAACAUCCAAACAUUCCACUCAUUCUGUUUGCCAAGGGUGCCAAUCAUGCUUUGGAAUCAUUGGCUGCCAAUUCUGUCUAUGAUGUCCUCGGUAUCGAUUGGACCAUUGACCCAACCCAAGCUCGUCUCAUCACUGAAAAAUAUAAAAAGACAUUACAAGGUAAUCUUGAUCCUGCCGUAUUAUAUUGUCCAAAAGAAAUAGUUGACGAACAAGUUGAAAAAAUGAUUCAAGGUUUUGGUAUUCAACGUUAUAUUGCAAAUCUUGGUCAUGGUAUGCAACCUCAACAUAAUCCAGAUAGUGCUAAUAAUUUUAUCAAUUCAAUUCACAAAUUUGGUAAAGAAAAGAAAUAA